AUGUUGGAAGAUACAGUUCCCAUGGAGUCGAAGAGACCGAGGAGAAAGGUUACAGCCGCAUGUCAACGCUGUCGAAAACAGAAAUUGAAGUGUGAUACUCAACGUCCUUGUACUCUGUGUAUCAGAGCCGGAGUAACAUGCAUUAAUGAGACACCUAGCAUGUGGAGGGUCCAGGGGCCCAACAUCACUCCGUCACGGACUCGGAAGGCAGACAGGUCACUUCACGAUGAAUCAAGUCCCGCACCUCGGGCAUCUUCGGAACAGGUUACCUCCAGCAGACCAUGCAAGGCAUUUCAACACCACGACAUACACACGCCGGAAGAAGCAGACACUUCAGCUUUCGCAGCUACCGAGUGGACUUCGCGAGGUACCCACGAAGACGCCAGAGAAGCCGGUGCUUCCAUCCAGUCAUUAGCUCGACCCCUUUCCCAACAGCGGAUCCGAUCUAUCUCACGGCACCAUGGCGCCAUGAGCGCAGCCCAAAGAGACUUUCUUUCCGUCUUGCCAGCUCAAGCCCCUGUGGCAUUGCUUAUUAACAUUUACUUCGAGAAGAUCCAUUGCGAGUUUCGGGCCCGAGUUCAAGAGCUUCACACGACUGCAUCACCGGGAUCUUCACCAAGAAAAGCGAAUCCCGGUAUACUUGGUCUUGUGCUUGCUGUCUGCUUAACUAGCCUCCGCUACGCCAGCCCCGAGCAGCACUCUCAACUCAUUGAACUUGGCGUUGAUCCAGAUUCAUUGCAAGAAAACAUAUUGGCGACGCUGAAGGUGAGAUUCCUCGACGUCGUCUCCUUGGGAUCCAUCGAGGCUGUGCAGAUGUGUAUCCUGUUAGGAAGUUUCUACCUGUAUCACGGGGAACCCGAACUCGCCUGGCCGAUUUGCGGAAGUGGUCUGCGCAUCGCCCAAGCUCUCAAACUUCAUCAACGACACAAAGAUGAGGAUGAAUCCUUGACGGUACCCGAUGUUGAUAACCCAGUCCACAGGACAGCUGAGACGCGCAAGCGAUGUUGGUGGGCCAUCUACGAGAUUGAGACCUUUUGCUCGAUGCUGUACGGCUUUCCUCUUAGUAUCGUGGACGAGGAUUGUAACGUCGAAGUACCCGAACAAUAUCCCUUGCGAUCUAAAGAUGCGUCUUGGGAGUCAAUCAGAUGGAAAUCCACCGGGAAAGCUUCUGUGUCGAUGGCGCAGCUGUCGAUCAUCGUGAAAAGGGCGCUCUCAGAACUAUACGGAAACCGAAAGCAGCCCGACAGCAAUGAGCUUGGUGCAAGGACCGAAGGGCCACUAGUUCAACGUCUCAUAAACACCGUCACUAGCCUGGACCAACAAAUCCGUGAAUGGCACGGCCACCUCCCGCAAGAAUUGGUCUUCAAAGAAGACGAGAGUGCAACCGCAGCUGGCCGCCCCUGGAGCGCCAAUCAUUCUCUGUGCCCAGAACACCAUCAGCACACUUUUCGUAUCCAGGGGCUAGCACUCAAACUCGCCUAUGAAAAUGCUAGAAUUUUGGUGCAUAGGCCCUUGUUAGCCUAUAGAGCGAUGAAGAAGAUCAGCACGACCGAAGGCUCCGAUCUCCGUUCAACCGGGGAGAAUGAUCCGCUCCAGGGCUCGGUACGAAGUUGCCGAGACGCGGCCUUGCAGAUUGCCAACAUUGGCUGCACUCCGCACUUCAAAGAGGUAAUAGACACCUAUGCGUUAUCUUUUGUCGCAUUGCAUCUUUUCACUGCCGGUGUCACGCUCUCAAUCAUGACGGGACUAGACCCAUUGAGCCGGGAAGCCUAUGAUUCCAAAAUGGGCCUUCGAAAGUUGAUGGAGAUGCAUUCCCAACUCAAGUCCAAGUCUGUUGUUGCUGAACAGGGGCUGAACAUUCUCACGAAACUGAUGAAGCUCGUUAUGACUAAGGAGAUGGAGAGAAUGCUUCACUUGGAUGUUCCGCCUCAGACGGGAUCCGACCAAAGUGGAAGAGACAAUGAAACAAGUGGUAGCUCGAUCACGAUAGAAGUCACUAGCCGAGGCACCGAAACAAACGCCAUGGACCCAAGCAGCAACAACAUUCAGACCGCGCUACAACAAAGCACACCAGCGGCUGACAUGGCCGAGGAUGCCGCAACGAGUCUGAGCUUUAGCGAGGACCCAAUCAUAACGCAAGCGCUCUCGGAGUUCGAGCAAAGUAAGAUGAAGUCCCCCAACUAUAUUUCUUAG